AUGUUUAUUGGCGAUGAGGAUAUUACAGAGGAUGAAAAGGAUUUCCUCGCUCGGGUCCGGAACCUUUCCGACCGGCAAGACGUCAGCUAUACUCGUCUCGUCCGCACUUUCUAUGGCGACCACUCGGAAAUAAGCCUUUCCAAGCUAAUCACCGAAGCUGAGUACGAUGGGAUACUGUUCGAUAAUGCCGAGCUAUACGAUGCUGGGUCCGAUGACGGCCUACAAUCGCUGCACGGUAUCUUGACCCGUAUCCCGCAGAUCAUCGAAGAGACGGUAGACUUUGCCCUCUUCUACAACGACAGGCUGCGGGAAGCCCUUGGGAAGGCUAUAGACAAGGACAUAGCCGAUGCUAACUUCCAUUUUGAGAGGGCUCACUUGGCGGCCAAAUGGGGCCAUGUGCUCAUUUACGAUAAAGAGGCAAAUGAUGGCCCGUGGAAUGUGUUACUGUGGUGGGGCCGAGGAAUACAGGCUGCCGAUGCUAUGUUGCUCUCAGGUCAGGAUGUCAUGCGUACGUGGUGGGAGGACGGCCGCUACGGCGAGGACUGGGAGCCCCAGCAACUUGUUAAGCGAUGGGGCGAGGUUGAGCACGAACCAUCUGAGGAUAGCGCUAGCGAGAGUGCAAUCUGGAUUCGCCUGGGAACCAGCGCGUGA